AUGCCUAAUUUCACCCUACUCACAGCCAUGGGAUUAGCCAGGAUUUAUGUUAGGGGUGGCAGGCUUUGUGUUGGGGGGCAGAACCCCCUCCACGAGAGAGAAAUGACCCCAAUCCCCACGUUGGUUUUAUGUAUGCGUGUUUCUUGUUUUGCAUGUUUCUGUAGAGUCAGUUCUGGGGGGUUUUGCAUUCUGGAUAUUUCUACUUGGAAAGCCUGUAGUGUGAAUUCAAAUUGCAGAAUUUCAUACCUGAGAUCAAAGUUUUCAAAUUCUGAGCAUGGAAAUGAUGUGGAAGUUUUUAUUUGGGGACAUUCUGCUUUGAAGGAAUGA